ACCCUGAAUUAAUUGAAAUUAUAAAAUAUUUGAAUCCCACAGCACAGUUAGUUAAAGCUGAUACAAUUAAAGAAGCAAUAAUGUCACAUUAUGAUUCAGAGAAAAAGGAGUUAAAGGCAAGCUUACAAUU